UUGGCCGUUCGGGCCCUAGUAGCAGCCGGUGCUGUUGAACGGGGACUGCCCUCGAGCCGCUCCCUACACAGCACACAUUGCAAGCAUUGCGCCAGUGAUCCGGCAUCCCCACCAACAGCUUCCCUACACGUCAACGAUGUUCAUGCAUCGUGUUGUGGCUUCCCGAAAAACCUCAACAAAGGCCCCUCCACAGUGCUGGACCAAGGGGUUUUCGGUGAUGAUGCCUGCUUUAUUGCACAGUAUGGCAGCACACAUGUUGUUGGAGUGGCGGAUGGCGUUGGAGGCUGGCGUAAUUACGGCAUAGAUCCAUCAGAAUUUUCGAGUCGUUUAAUGAAACUUUGCGAGAAGAUCGUCAAAAAAGGUGAAUUUGAGCCAGCUCGGCCAGACAAACUGCUGGCACGAGCGUACGAAACGCUUGUGGAAUCACCACGUGCCACUGGUUCAUCGACGGCGUGUGUUCUGGUGGUGCACCAUGGUACACUCUAUUCGGCGAAUCUCGGUGAUUCCGGGUAUUUGGUGAUCAGGAAUGGCAAAGUGGUGUAUCCAUAUGAUGGCUUCAUUCGUGAUUCACCGGAAAAAGCGGAUCUGGCAUCACUGAAUUUAAUGACUGGUGACAUCAUCGUUCUCGCAACCGAUGGCCUGUGGGACAAUGUGUCGGAGGAGCAAAUUAUUCAACAGUUAUCGGGUAUCAAACCAGGUGAUCUACAGCGAGCGUGUAACUGCUUAGCAUUGACUGCAAGGAGGCUGGCUUUCGAUACGCAGCAUCUGUCACCGUUCGCAAUGAAGGCGCUGAAGCACGGGAUUGAUGCACCGGGCGGCAAACCGGACGAUAUUACACUUAUUUUGUUGUUGAUUGCGUGAGC